AUGGCUCUAGGAAAAGUGUUUGACAAAGAAGAGAACAAUAUCAAGAUAUUGAAAAGUUUGAAUAGAAGCUGGCAACCCAAGGUUACUGCAAUUUCUGAAUCAAGAGACUUGACCAGCAUGAACAUGGCCACAUUGUUUGGAAAACUCAAAGAACAUGAGUUGGAGCUUCGAAGGCUAAAGGAGGAAGAAGAAAUUGAAGAGAAGAAAUCGAUUGCUCUAAAAGCCACAAGUUUAUCAAGAGGAGGAAAGAAAAGUUCAAGAAGCAACGUUGUUCAAUGCUAUGAAUGUGGAAAUGAUGGUCAUAUCAAGCCUGAUUGUCCAGCCUUGAAGAACAAGCAGAAAGAAUUCUCCAAGUAUCCUCAGGACAAGAACAGGAAGCAGAGGAAAGCUUAUAUUGCUUGGGAAAACAGUGAUGAAGACUCUUCAAGUGAUGAUGACAAUAGUGCUGAAGAGGAGUCAAAUUUAUGCUUCAUGGAAGGCUCUGCAUAA